UUAGUUCUUACGGUAGCUACCUGUGCGGUCUUCAAAACAUGAACCUUUUUCUCAUUCUAUUCACACCCCCUUUCCCAUAUAUAUACCACCGAUAUCCAACAACCUACCAAAUCUGCGACGCUUUUCUUCAUCAAUGAAGUUCCCAUUUUUCGCUUGUUUCUCUUCAUGGUCUACCGAACAAAACAACAUCAACAACGAUUAUGGUGCUGACGGAGUAAACGAUGGAGGCUUUCGUUCAUUCACUUAUAACCAAUUGAAAUCUGCCACUAAUAAUUUCGGUGACAAGAUUGGACAAGGUGGAUUUGGAUCUGUUUAUAAGGGGAGGCUCAUGGAUGGCUCAUUUGUGGCAGUGAAAGUGCUUUCAAUUGAGAUUGAAUCCAUGCGAGGAGAGAGAGAAUUUGUGGCAGAAUUGGCUACACUAGCAAAUAUAAAGCACCAAAAUCUUGUUGGCCUUAAAGGGUGUUGCGUAGAAGGAGCAAACAGAUAUUUAGUCUAUGAUUACAUGGAGAAUAAUAGCCUCCACCACACUUUCCUAGGUUCUGAGGAGAGAAGGGUGAGAUUCAGUUGGCAAAGAAGGAGGGAUGUAUCCAUUGGUGUGGCUCGUGGGCUUGCAUUUCUUCACGAGGAGGUGAUGCCUCAUAUAGUACACAGAGACAUCAAAGCCAAAAAUAUACUUAUUGAUCGAAAUUUUACUCCUAAACUUGCAGACUUUGGUUUGGCCAAAUUAAUGAGAGAUGAAACAUCUUACAUUAGCACUAGAGUUGCAGGGACAUUGGGUUAUUUGGCUCCAGAGUAUGCUAGUUCUGGACAACUAAGAAGAAAAUCAGAUGUUUAUAGCUUUGGAGUGUUGCUUUUACAAAUUAUCAGUGGUUUGGCGGUUGUAGAUGCCUAUACAGAUAUCGAACGUUUCAUUGUAGAAAAGGCGUGGACAGCUUAUGAGGCAAAUGAUCUAUUAAGAAUGGUAGAUCCUGUGCUUAAUACAGACUAUUUAGAAGAAGAAGCCAUAAAAUUCCUCAAAGUGGGUUUACUUUGUGUUCAAGAAACCGCAAAACUUAGGCCACGAAUGUCAGAGGUUGUACAAAUGUUGACAAACAACAACACUGAUAUGAAAGAUGUUCACAUUUCAAAACCAGGAUUUGUUGCUGAUCUAAGAAACAUAAGAAUAAAAAAACAUAUGACAACAACCUCGCCACAAGAAUCUAGUUCUUCAGGGGAAUUAGACAUGGAGGGAUGCUAUUUUCAAUCUCCAAUGGACAAUGUAGAUUGAAGAAUUUGUUUUUUUUUCCUGUCCAUAGAUUGAAGAUAAAUUUAUAACCUAGAAUUUUGUAAUCAAUUUUGUCAUUUUAGUGUGAGGUGUUGUUAUAUAAUUUUUAAAUA